CAGAGCUCAAACUGGUUUCACUUCUGAGAAAGUGAAACUCAGACAGUCGUUGACACUGAGAGGAGAAAUGGCGCAGAAAGGAGUUCAGCUGGACCAGGAAACAAUCUCCUGUUCGAUCUGUCUGGAUCUACUGAAGGAUCCGGUGGCUAUUCCCUGUGGACACAGCUACUGCAUGAACUGUAUUAAAGGCUUCUGGGAUGAAGAGGAUGAGGAGAAAAUCCCCAGCUGCCCUCAGUGUAGGCAGACCUUCACUCCGAGGCCUGUCCUGGUGAAAAACACCAUGUUAGCAGCUUUAGUGGAGGAGCUGAAGAAGACUGGACUCCAAGCUGCUCCUGCUGAUCACUGCUAUGCUGGACCUGAAGAUGUGGCCUGUGAUGUCUGCACUGGGAGGAAACUGAAAGCCCUCAAGUCCUGUCUGGUCUGUCCGGCCUCUUACUGUGAGAAACACCUCCAGCCUCAUUAUGACUCACCUGCCUUUAAAAAACACAAGCUGGUGGACCCCUCCAAGAAACUCCAGGAGAACGUCUGCUCUCGUCACGAUGAGGUGAUGAAGAUGUUCUGCCGUACUGAUCAGCAGUGUAUCUGUUAUCUCUGCUCUGUGGAUGAACACAAAGGCCACGACACAGUGUCAGCUGCAGCAGAAAGGACUGAGAGGCAGAGAGAGCUGGAGGUGAGUCGACAAAACAUCCAGCAGAGAAUCCAAGACAGACAGAAAGAUGUGAAGGUGCUUCAACAGGAGGUGGAGGCUAUCAAUGACUCUGCUGAUAAAGCGGUGGAGGACAGCCAGAAGAUCUUCACCGAGCUGAUCCGUCUCAUGGAGGAAAGAAGGUCUGAUGUGGAGCGGCAGCUCAGAUCCCAGCAGGAAACUGAAGUGAGGCGAGUCAAAGAGCUCGAGGAGAAGCUGGAGCAGGAGAUCACUGAGCUGAAGAGGAAAGAUGCUGAGCUGAAGCAGCUCUCACACACAGAGGAUCACAGCCAGUUUCUACACAACUACCCCUCACUGUCACCACUCAGUGGAUCUACAGACUCAUCCGCCAUCAAGAUCCGUCCUCUCAGCUACUUUGAGGAUGUGACAGCUGCUGUGUCAGCAGUCAGAGAUAAACUACAGGACGUUCUGACAGAGGAAUGGACAAACAUCUCACUGACAGUGGCUGAAGUGGAUGUUUUACUGUCAGCUUCACCACCAGGACCCAAGACCAGAGCUGGAUUCUUCAGAUAUUCACGUGAAAUCACACUGGAUCCAAACACAGCAAACACAGAUCUGUUAUUAUCUGAGGGGAACAGAAAAGCAACAUUAAUGAGUGAAGAACAGUCUUAUUCUGAUCAUCCAGACAGAUUCACUGUUUGGUUUCAGGUCUUGAGUAGAGAGAGUCUGACUGGACGGUGUUACUGGGAGGUGGAGUGGAGAGGGACAGGAGUUUGUGUAGCAGUCGCAUACAAGAAUAUCAGCAGAGCAGGGAGGGGGAAUGAAUGUCGAUUUGGACGAAAUGACAAAUCUUGGGCGUUAGAUUGUUACAACAACAGUUAUUACUUUUGGUACAACAAUGUGAAGACUCCCGUCUCAGGUCCUCGGUCCUCCAGAGUCGGAGUGUACCUGGAUCACAGUGCAGGUAUUCUGUCCUUCUACAGCAUCUCUGAAACCAUGACUCUCCUCCACAGAGUCCAGACCACGUUCACUCAGCCUCUCUAUGCUGGGUUAUGUCUCUAUAAUUCCACUGGAAACAGUGCUGAGCUGUGUGAGCUCAAGAAGGCAAAAGUUACUUAACAGAAAAUAUGCCAUCCUCAAUCUUUCAAGCAGAAUGUUUGUUUUGUCACCAUUUUUUUCUAAGUAUAAAAGAAUAAUAAAAAGCCACCAGACAAACAAGAAAAACGUCAAAUUAACUGGAUGGUCGUUUUAGCCUUUAUUACAUUACAUCCUUUAAUUGUUAACCACAGUAAAAAUGUGUAAAAGUACUCAGGGCAUUUACUGAAGUCAAGAUCUCAACAUGAUCCCUGAGAAACACUUGACUAAAAGUCUUCCUUUCUAAUACUCCAUUUAUAUAUUUGCAUAUUUACUGAUACAUAAAGUCAGAGUUCUUCCAUUGCUGUACUCUGAAUAUAUGCUAAUGUAGAGUUUAUUUGAAUUUUUAUAUGUAUAUAUAUGUGUUACUAGGAUUUGGGAUGUGAAGUAUAUCGGUACUCCACUUAAAGGCUCCUUUCUCAGGUUGAUUUAUGUUCUCAGGUACUUUGCAUAUGUUUAAAGGUUGCGGUGUUAGCAUGCUUUGUGUUGAAGGUGUCCAGCCGCAUUUAAAGAACAAUGCUAAGA